AAGUUAAAACCAAAACCUUAAACGACCGUCCCAUCCUCAUCUCAGAUCCAGACAUCCACAGAGAGAGAGAGAGAGAGAGGUUCGUUACUUGGUUCGUGCACUGAGGCCCCUUCGAAGUUUUAGAUCAAACCCCUACCCCUUUUCUGCCAAAGACCAAAGGUGAAGCCAUCCAUCCAUCCAUGGCCUCAACCCCGACCCCUCCACAGCCACAACCCAAACUUCUCCCCAUUAAGGCAGCAGCUCGCAAGCUCCCCGUCAAACGCAAAACUCCUGACCUUCCAUCCACUCAAUUCUCCACUCCUAGCCCUAACCCUAUUUGUCCUUCUCCUGUUCCGAACCAGAUCCCCAAAAUCGAAAUCCCUGACGAAGAAAACGACAUCAUCAACGGGGAAGAAGACCUUGAAGUAGCAGCCGAAGACGAUCUCAAGCCUCCUCCCUUCAAAUUCCAUCGCAUAUGGCCCGAAUCAGACGAAAUUCGAUUCCUUCAAGGCCUCCUAGAAUGCUCCACAGAUGGUUUUAUCUUCCCACGAGACCUCCCUCUCUUCUACGAUCGCUUCUCACAGUCCAUGCCUCAACCCUACACCAGGUCUCAACUUUCUGAGAAGCUUCGUCGCCUUCGUAAGAAGUUUCGCGUGAUCUCUACCCGAAUUUCACGUGGGCUUGAUCCUUCCCUUCUCGCUUCUCACGAUCGUGCGCUUUUCGAUCUUUCCAAGCAGCUAUGGCAUCCUUCGUAUGCCUCUUCGUCUCCCUUUCAGUCCAAUAAGCGGAAGCCCUCCACCUCCAAUGUUAGUGUUAGGGUGAGUUUCUCUCCUACCCCUUCUGCUUGUCUUCCUCCCCCUCCUGUUCCUCCACCAGUUCAAACCAACAUCAACGACGCUGAUGUGAUCGAGGAAGAUACUGAAUUGAAUUUAGAGAACAAUCUCGGCAGUGGACAGGAUGAGGAGCCAUAUUUACCAGUCGGCGAUGACGGUGGUUUCAGGGGCGGCGGUGGGCUUGGACGGUUCGCGGCGAAGACCGUUUUGGAUGUUUUUGACAGAUCCCUCAAGGACGUGAGAAUGACACUCGUUAGCCGGGAGUUGCUUUAUCCAGACCAGACUUCUACGUCUACAUCUACCCCAGCUGAAUCGUCGAAACAGGGGAGGUCAGUAGAUUUUGAGAAGAGGUGGCGACAGCAAAGAGCGGCGGAACUAGAUGUGAUGGCUCGCCGCUUGAGGCUGGUUCUUGAGAAUGCCAUCAAUGAACGAUGAGAGAACCUUGAACUUGAAGCUUUGAUGGAUGUAAAUUGAAUGUAUAAACAUCAAUUUUUCUUUUCUUUUUCCAUAACCUUCAAUGGAACAAUAACAAGCUUGCUUUUUUUUUUUUU